AUAUGUCCCGGGUCUUCAAAGACCAGCUGGUGUAUCCUCUGAUAGCCUCAGCCAGAGAAGCCAUGGCCCUGCCAGCAGUGUUUGGCCUGCCAGUCCUUCCUCCAGAGCUGUUACUGAGGGUGCUGAGACUGCUGGAUGUCUCCUCGCUCCUGGCCCUCUCCUCGGUCAACAGACACCUUCACCAAACCACCACAGACCCGGCCCUCUGGAGACACCUCUACCGCAGAGACUUCCGAGACGGGCAAGACCACAGCAGAGACACUCAGUGGAGAGAGCUCUACAAGAAGAAGUACACGUGGAGGAGAGAAGCAGCCAGUUACCGGCACCACAUGCCCCGUUACCACCCUGUCCCCCCACCGCUCUACCCCCUCCACCCCCUCCCCAACAACCCCUUCCCCUUCUACCCGCCUGGCAUCAUCGGUGGGGAGUACGACCAGAGACCUGGCGUCCCCGGUGGUAUUCUGCCCCGCCCCCGCUACGACCCUAUUGGUCCGCUCCCAGGUCACGAUCCCACGGCAGGAGGGCUGAUUGGACGAAGGGGGCUGAGACCUGCUGGGAACCGGCCGGCUGACAUCAGAAGAGGGUUCAUAUGACCUCCCAGACCAGUGACCUCUAGUGGUGGUGUAGGAGUAUGACCACCACACAGAGAAGCUUAAAUAAAACAGAGAUGUUGAAGACUGACUGAUUAUUAGCCUACCUUAAAUAAGCCACCUGAGUGCUAUAGUCACAGAUAAAUGGCGUUGUUCGGUCUAUAAACACUAACCCUCAUCCAGCCUGCUUAUUAUCCCCUAAACCUCAUCCAGGUGUUUUUUAUAACCCCCUAUCCUUGACCCAGAAUCAGAUUUUAAUAGCUCAUGUUCUCCUGUGUGUGUUUAUUAGUAAGUGAUGAGGUCAGAUCAUGCCCGAUCUGCUAUCUUCAUUUGAUCUCUCUGUUGUUGCAGAAAAUGUUGCUGCGCAGCAGGAAAUGCAAACUUCUAAAAGUUUUCCCGUGAGAAACCGGUCAAAUUUAAUAUAGUAGAUCUGUAAGGGUGCCUGGGGGAUUGAGGUGGACGUUUCGAUCUUCCACCAUUCACUAUGAAGACAUUUUGUACUAGUUUCCCCGCAGACUAAAAGCUGUAAAUAAAAUGAGAAAAUGGCAAUCGA